GAUCUAACAAUGGUGCUCUCACCAGUCACACACGAAUCAUUAAGAUGUUCGGGGAAGUUCGGCCGAAUUCCCACUGCUCUCCUGGGAAUAUUUGAGGGGACGGAUCAAAGUCUACAUCCCUCCCUCCCAUCACUCCCUCAGCUCUCCGUCCGCAGCCAGAGGCAUCUGGAGUCUCCGGGAACCCGGCGGUGUUCUUUUUAGCAUCUGUGCGUAAAAAUGGAUCCCUAACGCGCUUAACGAUGGAGCCACUGUGGAGCUGAAAGUCAAUAUUUUUCCUCUGGUGAAAAAAAAAAAAAAAAAACACUUUGUGGGAAGCUUGGAUAAUAACUGGUGAUCAGGGCAAACUAAAUCAGUUCCAAGCUGCUUUUUUUUCUCUCUGCGGAAUCAAGAUUUUUUUUUCUCCUCCCGUUUCAGUCUAAACGUGGCUCGCCUGCAGGAACAUAACACGGAGUGAUUUCUCCUCAGGACGCAGGGAUUUGUUGUAUUUCCCUCCCCCAGAAAAGACAGAUCGGGAGCCGUUCGGAGGGCAGAAGGGGAGCUAAAUGCGGCUGUCCGGCGAGCCUGCUCCGGGAAACAUGAACAGCAGCGGGUCUGGCAACUUUCUGCUGGUGCCCAUCCCGGAGUAUCCCUUGCUGGACUGCGUCCCCAACAAGACGGUGAAGAUCGUGGUGCUGGGCGCCAGCAACGUCGGGAAAACCGCUUUGAUUGUCAGGUUUCUGACAAAGAGGUUCAUCGGAGAUUAUGAAGCAAACACAGGAGCGCUCUACUCCAGAAAGGUCACCAUGGACGGGGAGGAAGUGUCGCUCCAGAUUCAGGACACACCCUGUGUCGCUCUCCAGGACGACGCCGAAGGCCUGUACUGCCAGGAGCAGAUCAACAGGUCCAUCUACUGGGCCGACGGCUAUGUGCUGGUUUUCUCCAUCACGGACAACAGCAGCUACCGGACCAUUCAGCCUCUGUACCAGCACAUCAGGCGCAUACACCCGUCUGGAAACAUACCGGUCAUCCUGGUUGGCAACAAGAGUGACCUACUCCGAGCUCGACAAGUACCUGCAGAAGAAGGCAGCAUGUUAGCGACUUCACUAGGGGGCGUUUACUUCGAGGCCUCGGCCAGAGAGAACCACGAGGGAGUCCACGCCGCCUUCCUCCAUCUAUGUCAGGAGGUGAUCCGAGCGCUGGGAGGAGGGAACGGGGAGAAGAGGAGGGGAGGCCUUCACCUGGCCAGACCCAAGUCCCCCAACAUGCAGGAGCUGAAGAGGAGGUUCAGACAGGUCCUCUCCUCCAAAGUGAAGUCGGCUACGACCAUCUGAUCCGACGUGCACGGGGACUGAGCGAGCGACCCUCUGGCCGCCUCCACCUAGGAGGCAACAUCAAAGGCUUCCGUUGAUAAAAAGGUUGAGGGAAAAUCGCAAGAGGAGAUAACGAAGAGCCGCGACCUCCGGGUUUGGCCGUCUGAAGCGGGACGUGAAGACUGCCGAGGCGCUCUGAGGGGAUCAAAGCCUUUCAAGGAGCACAAGGAGUCCCUCCUCAGGUGGACAGAUGUGCUGUUGUUUUAAACAGCUGCCACGAGUCUUGAUGAGAAGGCUGGCAUUUAUCAAAUAAAGACAAGACGUCUUCCUCGCGUCCCUGUUAAGGAUAUUUUCAAACAAAAACAGGAAAUGACCCCAAAAUGCAAGAGUUCACGGCUAAACACCGAGACAAAUCCUGGCCUGGGACAGAGGACGGAAAUCCUUUUAUUCCAAAUUGAAGUGCAAAUUCCUCUUCUUUAAAGGGGCCUCGGGCUCACAUUUACAGAAAAACAAUGAUCAUUAAAAAAAAAAUGUGUUCAAAAGAGAAAUAAGUCAUUUUACAACAUAGACUGAUGAAACAGACUGGUAGCAUUCAACCAUUGAAUCUGGUUCAACAACAUUUCAUUCUGGUAGAGUUUAUGCAAGGUACCGUAAAAGGCAAAACUCAAAGAUAAUUUAGUCAAAUCAGUUCUUUUAGUCAGAUUUGAAUUAUUCUCUUUUAUACUGUCCUAAUCUUAAGACACAACAGGCAAUUGUUGGGAAUUUUUAUGUGAGAUACAGAA